CUUCCCUUCCUCAUUCUCUAUAAAUUCCACCCCCUUGCAGUUCCAAAACCCCUUCCCCUCUUCUCCUCUUCCCAAUUCUACAAUUCCUGUUCCCAUUCCCUCCCUUCUUGAGCUCCGAGGUUCUGCUACUCUGUUUUCCCCAUCUUUUUCUUAGGAUUCUGAUCUCAAGAACUGGCUUCCUGGAUUCAAAAUCGAGAGACGACCUGCCGAAUCUGGUCCUCUCGCUGCUGCUUUGCUGUGGUUGGUAGAGAUAACCCUCCUUUUGGGCUCUUCCUAUACGCUAUGCAUCAACGGUGACCCUGUCCUUUUGCCUCUGGAGGAGUUUCCUUGAGCCCUUGUCUCAAGAUUGGUUUUUUGGUGCCCAAAAUCCAAGUCCCAUCCCAAAAAUCCGAGGUUCUGUUUCCCAGGUCCAAUCUUUCUUCACAUAUUUGGUUCGAAGUUCUGAUCUCUCUUUUUUCUUUAGUUAAAAAAAUCUCUCCUUUCCUCCUUCCGUUCACUCUUUUUUGAUUCUCCUCUCUCCAAUUUCACAUGCCGCAUCCGUUCAUAUUGAUAUUCUUAAUUGAUGUCGCCUAUCCUAAGUGAAAUCCUCCUCUCCGGGUUUAUGAUAAGUUCCUCACUUCGGCGCCGGACGCACUUGGUUCAAUCCUUCUCUGUAGUCUUCCUCUACUGGUUCUAUGUUUUCUCAUGAACUUGUUUUGAAUUCAUAGCUAUAUUUCUAUAUAAUUCCAUAGCUAUCUAUCUAUCUAUCUAUCUAUCUAUCUAUCUAGCUACCUAUCUAUAAUCUCUCUCUUUAUCUGCAUAUAAUUUGCCAGUAAUCCUCAGUCCAAGCUCUAUCUAGUCUUUCCUGAAUCACCAUCUCUAAAUAUCUACCGUGUAGCUCUCACAGGGUGCACAUAAAGCUAUAGUAAUAAUGGCUUCCUCUAGUGGCACUUCUUCCGCGUCCAGCCAACUUCCUAAUUCUGGCUCUGAGGAUGACUUGCAGGCUUUGAUGCACCAGAGGAAGCAGAAGAGAAUGCUAUCGAACCGGGAGUCAGCGCGGCGGUCCCGGAUGCGGAAGCAGAAGCAUUUGGAUGAUCUCAUGGCCCAAGUUGGCCAUUUGAGGAAGGAGAACAGCCAGAUCCUCACAGCUCUCAACAUCACCACACAGCACUACCUGGGUGUGGAGGCUGAGAACUCUGUUCUCAGGACCCAGAUGAUGGAGCUGAACACCAGGCUUCAGUCCCUCGAUGAGAUCCUAUGCUACAUGAACGGUGGUGGUAGCAAUGAUUUUGGAUUUGGUGUUGUCUCGAAUGGCCUCGAGGCCACUGACGACUGCUUCAUGAGGCCAUGGAGCCUGAUGGCCAUGAACUGCCAGCCCAUUAUGGCCUCGGCUGGCAUGUUUCAGUACUGUUAGAUAAAGCCAAGAGGGGCCCAAAGGAGGGGCCUUUGGCUUUGGUCUUGAGUUGCUGGUGCUUGUGAUGGAUGGUCCUACCUUUGGUGGCUUCAUGUGUGGUUCAGUGGGAGAAGGACGAUAUUUUCCUAUUUUUAGAGCUCCUGGGGACCAGAGAGUUGGGGGAAGAAGGUUGAAAGCCACAAGCUGUGAGUCAAGUAGUAGUGGAUUAAUCACUAGUUAUCUCUGGUCUGUAUGUGGGUUCUGUUGAUUAUGCAGUCAGAGCUGUGUGUGUAUUUGGUCUUUAUUAUUAAUGAGAUAAUAGUGACUUCUAUCUA